UCAAAGCUAUUUCUACUAUGGAUGGUGAACAUGCUUAUCGUAUUGCUUUUGCUGUUCAAUGGAUUUGGCCAAUUCCUUUAGCUAUAGGUGUUUAUUUAGCUCCAGAAUCACCUUGGUUCUUAGUCAAGAAGGGAAGAUAUCAAGAAGCUAAACGUUCCCUUUGUAGAUUAUUGUCCGAAAAUGAACACUUACCAAAGAAGGAAAUCUUAGCUGAACAUAUGUUAACCAAGAUUCAAAUGACAGUUAAAGAAGAAGAUGCUCUUAAUUCUGGUGUCAGUAUUAAGGAUUGUUUCGCUGGUGUUAAUGCAAGAAGAACUAGAAUUGCUGCGUUCACUUGGUUGGUUCAAAGUAUUACUGGUUCAAGUUUAAUGGGUUACUCUACUUACUUCUAUACCCAAGCUGGUUUGCCUACCUCCAUGGCCUUCAACUUCUCCAUCAUCCAAUACUGUUUGGGUAUUGUAGGUACUGUUGGUUCUUGGUUCUUAGCUAGAAGAGUGGGUAGAUUUACUAUCUAUUUUGGAGGGUUAUGUUGUAUGGCCGUCUUAUUAUUGCUCGUUGGUGGUCUUGGAUGUGCAACUUCAAAGAAUGCCAGUUGGGGUGUUGGAAGUAUGAUUUUGGUCUAUACCUUUGUGUAUGAUUUAACUAUUGGUCCAUUAUGUUACUGUAUUGUUUCUGAAAUGCCUUCUGCUAGAUUAAGAGCUAGAACUGUUAUGUUGGCAAGAAACUUCUAUAAUCUUGCUGGUAUCAUUGUUGGUAUAAUUACUCCAUAUAUGUUGAAUCCAACUGAAUGGAACUGGAAAGCAAAGACUGGUUUCCUUUGGGCUGGUAUUACUAUUUUGUCAAUUGUUUGGUGUUGGUUUGAUUUACCAGAAACUAAGGGUAGAACAUUUGCUGAAUUGGAUUUGUUGUUCCACGAAAAGGUUCCAGCAAGAAAGUUCAAAUCCACUGAAGUUCAACCAUUUGAUGCUGGUAAAAUGAUGGAAAAAUUGGGUCAAGAAGGUAUUAAACAAUUCAUUCAACAAAAAGAGAAUGCUGGUGAUGAAGAAGAUGCUAUCAUGAUCACUGAAGUUAAAUCAUCAGUAUAA